GGACACGCCGUGGCCCCGCACUCUGGGAUAGUGCCGAUCCUCUCCCUCUCUCAGCCCCGCGUAUCCGGGCCCUUUGGGGUUUUGUGCUGAUGAGCGAUGGCGGGGGAUGGGAGCGGACCGAGCUGCAACUAUCUCAAUUCAAGCGUCUGCAACUCGGAAAAAAAAUUAAAAUCCUUCCAUCAGCUUUAGAUCUUGAGAAAAUCACCUUUGUUCUACCGCUUCUUAAUUCUGGACCUUUCUGCCCGCGAGAACAUGUUUUGUUCUAUUAGAACGUAGAACAUAAAACAGUUCAGCACAAGAACAGGCCAUUCGGAACAACUAAAAACCAAGUCAAAAACACGAGGUGAAGAAAUAUCUCAUCCCAGUGGGAAAACUGCUUUGUGCCUGAAGUGAAGUUUUCUGUUGUAACUCUGUGCAAUCCACAGGAACCGGGGUGCUGACAACCCACCAGCAUUUGUUCACUGGAGAUCAGUUCUUCCACUGCAUUGACAGUGCGAGGGAUCAGUCCAUCUGACAUCUCACUUGAUGAAUUGCCGGAGAACUGAUAAGAGAGCUGAGGGAAGGGAUUCACUCCCUCAUCCAACCAGCAGUCACAUCUUCAGGUUUGCACUGAGGAGAGGUGUUUUUCACCUGUUCUGUGUUGGAAGGGAUUCACUCAUUGACCCAGUGGACAGACACCAGUGAAAUCACACUAGGGAGAGACCAUUCAGCUGCUCAGACUGGGAUGGGAUUCACUCUGCCAUCCAACAAGCAGAGACACCAGCGAGUUCACACUGGGGAGAGACCAUUCACCUGCUCUGAAUGUGGAAAGGGAUUUAUGCAGUCAUCUCAUCUGAAGGUACAUCAGCGAGUUCACACCGGGGAGAGGCCGUUCAUCUGCUCAGUCUGUGGAAAGGGAUUCAUUCAGUCAUCCCAUCUGAAAGUACAUCAGCGAGAUCACACUGGGGAGAAGCCAUUCAUCUGCUCAGAAUGUGGGAAGGGGUUCACUCGGUCAUCUGAACUGAAGGUACAUCAGCGAAUUCACACUGGGGAGAAGCCGUUCAUCUGCUCAGACUGUGGGAAGAGAUUCACUCGGUCAUCUGAACUGAAGGUACAUCAGCGAAUUCACACUGGGGAGAAGCCAUUCAUUUGCUCGGACUGUGGGAAGGGAUUCACUCGGUCAUGUGACCUAAAUACACACCAGUUAGUUCACACUGGGGAGAGACCAUUCGCAUGCUCAGACUGUGGGAAGGGGUUCACUCAGACAUAUGACCUACUAGCUCACCAGAGAGUUCACACUGGGGAGAGGCCAUUCACCUGCUCACAAUGUGGGAAAGGAUUCACUCAUUCAUCCAACCUACAGAGACACCUCCGAGUUCACACUGGGGAGAGGCCGUUCAUCUGCUCAGACUGUGGGAAGGGGUUUACUCAGUCAUUUUACCUACUGGCACAUCAGUCAGUUCACAUUGGGGAGAUGCCGUUCACCUGCUCAGACUGUGGCAAGGGAUUUCCUCGGUCAUUUCAACUGAAGGUACAUCAGCGAGUUCACACUGGGGAGAGGCCAUUCACCUGCUCAGAUUGUGGGAAAGGAUUCACUCGGUCCUACGACCUACUAGCUCACCAGCGAGUUCACACUGGCGAGAGGCCGUUCACCUGCUCAGACUGUGGGAAGGGGUUCACUCAGACAUAUGACCUACUAGCUCACCAGAGAGUUCACACUGGGGAGAGGCCAUUCACCUGCUCAGAAUGUGGGAAGCGAUUCACUCAUUCAUCCAACCUACAGAGACACCUCCGAGUUCACUCUGGGGAGAGGCCGUUCAUCUGCUCAGACUGUGGGAAGGGAUUCACUCAGACAUAUGACCUACUAGCGCACCAACGAAUUCACACUGGGGAGAUGCCGUUCACCUGCUCGGAAUGUGGGAAGGGAUUUCCCUGGUCAUUUCAAUUGAAGGUCCAUCAGCGCAUUCACACUGGAGAGAGACCUUUCAGUUGUUCAGACUGUGGGAAGGGGUUCACAGACUUAUCCAACCUACAGAGACAUCAGCGAGUUCACACUGGGGAGAGGCCAUUUACCUGUUCUGUGUGUGGGAAGGGAUUCACCCGAGCGUCCGGCCUACAAACACACCAAUCUGUUCACACUGGGGAGAGGCCAUUCACCUGCUCAGAAUGUGGGAAGGGAUUCACUCAGUCAUCUCACCUGAAGGUACACCAGCGAGUUCACACUGGGGAGAGACCGUUCACCUGUUCUGUGUGUGGGAAGGGAUUCACUCGGUUAUCCAGCCUACAAGCACACCAGCGAGUCCACACUGGGGAGAGGCCGUUCACCUGCUCAGACUGUGGGAAGGGGUUCACUCAGCCAUCUAACCUGAAAGUACAUCAGAGAGUCCACACUGGCGAGAGGCCAUUCACCUGCUUAGAUUGUGGGAAGGGAUUCAUUCAGUCAUCUGACCUACUGGUACACCAGAGAGUUCACACCGGGGAGCGGCCAUUCAUCUGUUUAGACUGUGGGAAGGGGUUCACUCAGUCAGCUCAUCUGAAGCUACACCAGCGAGUUCACAGCGGGGAGAGGCCGUUCACCUGCUCAGACCAGGAAGAGAUUCGCUUAGUCAUCUGACCUACUGGCACUCAGACAUUUCAUGAUGGGGUGUGGCCGUUCACCUGCUCCGAUUGUGGGAAGGGAUUAAUUCAAUCAAUUUACCUACUGGGAGAUUUCAUUUAGCUGCUCAGAUUCAGAAGGGAUUCACUCACUCAUCCAACCUACAGAGGCACCAGAUCGUUCACACGAGGGUGAGGCAGUUCACCUGCUCAGACCAGCGGAAUUAUUUACUCGUUUAUGUGACUUACUGGUACAUCAGAAAGUUCACACUGGGGAGAGGCUGGUCAUCUGCUGUGUGUGUGUGUGUGAAGGGAUUCACUCGGUCACUUCCCCUAUUGGCACAUAGUAAGUUCAGAGUGGGAAGUAGCUGUUGUGGGAAGGAAUUCACUUUGUCAUCCCGGCUGAUGCUACACCAGUCAAUUCCCACUGGAGAAGCCACUCACCUGCCCAGACUGUGGUUUGGGAUUUACUCAGUCAUUUCAACUGAAGGUACGUCAGUGAGUUCACACUGGACACUGUGUUCACUUGCUCUAAAUGUGGGAAGAAAUUCAGUCAGUCAUCUAACCUUGUGACACACUGCCGAACUUACAGUGGGGAAAGGUUUAAAUAAGCUGCAUGUUGGAUAUUUAUCCCAAAGUUGAAUUCAGAGACAAGUUUAAAGGUGACUUUUGCUGUUUAACUCUGCAAUUAUUGCUGCUGCUUAUCGCACCCAGUUCCACACCCUGGCCACUGGCAUGUUCAUCAGUAAUGUGAUUUGGAGUUUAAUAUUCUAGAUCUGUGACGAAUAAAUCACCUCUAAACUCUGUCUCAGGUACUUAAUGAAUUUAUGACACCCAGUGUACAGUAGGGCAUCAACUCUGCCAGCUGGUCCCUGCCAGUAUCUUUGUUCCACAACAGUUCUUUUCAAUCCAUUCCUGCUGUUUACCUCUCACUCUCCCUGUGGUGAUGGGUUCCAAACAGUACCACUCUGUUAGCAAAUUUAAAUUCCUGGGUGUUACUAUUUCAAUGGACCUGUCACACAGGGAAAAUGAGUCUCGGUUGUAUGUGGUGACAUAUAUGUACUCUGACAAGAGAAAAAAAAGAUGCUUUGACUUUAUGGGUGAAGAGGUUUCCCCUGAAUUUCCUGCAUGACUUUCUGCAGACUGAAGAAGAAGAUGUGUUGCCUGCAAUUAUGUCUGACUUGUUCUUUGUCCUUUAAAUCUUUGGGCCAAGGACAAACAACAUUGGUAGGUAACCUACAUACUCCUUGGUUAUUUCAAUGUUAGGUGCCAUUUUUACUGCUUCCAAAGGGCAGUGUGUCACACAGCUGACCUCUGAAUUCUGAAAGCAGAGUGGGGAUCAGGCAGAAUUAGGAGCUCUGGAUAAGAUCAUAUGAUGAGUAGGGUGCGUGGCAAAGAAUGACAGGAGUAUCAACAUUUGGAGGCUGACAGGGAAAACAAAAUUAAUUGUUGACAUUGAGACUGUUGCUUGAGGAAGCUUGCUGCAUUAAACUGGCUAUAGAGUUCUCAUAAAAAUAUUGACAGUAUUUGUGGCAUUUGGUAGAGGGGAGGUAACACUUGUAAACACUUUCACUGGCUCUGUUCUUACCCAGAAAUCUGUGAGCUUCAGAGUGUACUAUCACUGCGAUUCGAGUGGGCUGCUAUGGAGCAUCUGUUGGAUCUGACCAUUUAAUCUUAAUUGUCAAGUUCUUUGCAGUUUAACAAUUAACUAUCUGCUUGUAUUUUAAGUAGUUUUUAUAUGCCUGACAGUUUAAUGUGCCUCUAGUGGCUGUACAAUGUAUAAUUAUGGAAGAUUCUUUGUACCUGUACUUUAUGAAGUGAGUGUUAUGUCACUGGUUAAUUUCUACUGCAGUAUUGACUGUUAUUUCUAAUUGUAUUAUCAUCAUUAGAUUUGAGUGGAUUUUUUCUUAUCUUUGGGUAUAGAAGUAGCUGCUUUAUGAUUUUCUCUGUUCGUUAAAGUGGUGGACCUCUGUCACUGUUCCUCUCCUCUUCUAUUAACUUCGAAUAAAUCAAUCUUGAAG